UCGUUGAUGCCUGGCAAGAACGCCAGAUUGUGAGCAUGCAUAUUUAUGCACUGGCUUGCUUUUCUUUUGAGAGAGACAGAUGCGCCGGUUAUGCGAAGUGCUAUAACCAGAUGAAUCUCUGUGGGACGCUAAUCCAGGUCCGGUGGCUGACAGCACUGGCGUGCUGCUGCUUGUGCUGCUGCGCGGCGAACCAACCGUCGUCGACGGUACUGCACGGCUUCCAGACGAUGCCCAGCGCGCUAGGAAUCACGCGAGCCGGCCGCCCGCCGGUGACCACUGGCCGGCCCGUCGUCCACCCGACGCCCGUAGAGCAGAGGCCGCCGCUGGACGCACGCGGCAUGCCGGCCUGCGCCGCCCCCAGGUCGGGAGACAUCGCGUACUGCGUCGAGGACGACUCCUACCCGGUGCAGAUCGUACGGACGGUGAUACGGAGUCUGAAUGUGAAUAUGAGUGACGAGGUGGUCGAAGAGCGGGGCCUUCCGAGCCACGAGGACGGCAUUGACCAGAAUGUGUGCCCUAGCAGGAUCAAGACCAUCUUCCCCAAGACCGCGCGCAGCGCCGAGGGCGAGUGGCUGUACGUCAUCAACGAUGUCACAUACGUUCAGGCCAUCAUCGUCGAAGUCUGCGUGCACGAGGAUUCGCCGUGCGACUUCGCCGUGCACAGUGGCCUUCCGUCUGGUUACACGUCCGAGUGCGAGCAGAAGUUCGCCUUGCGCAAGCUGCUCGCGCUGCACCCGACCGAAGAGAAGGCGUACGGCGAGACGUUCCGCUUCCCGUCGUGCUGCGUCUGCUACAUCAGGUCCCCGAAGUUGGCGGGACGCAGCCUGAAGCCGAGCCGCCGCCGCAACUGAGAACAGCAGUGAAAAAAGAGCAUUUGAUAAGAUGUGGACGGGGGGGCCUGAUUACAGCUUGUCCCUCUGGGUUGUUCUAUAGGGCGUCAUCGUUUCGAAAUUACGAGAAUAUUGGAGCUCGAUACCUCGUGGUCUCCAUGGCCAACGGUCGUACGUGGUGCAGAAAGGUACGUAGCAGCCAGAUAGCCCCUACCGCCUCAGUACUGCCUGAUACAUCGUGACAGUGAUUGUGUGAGAACAGUCUAUCUAUGUUAUUGUUUUCACUGUCAUUAAAAUGUGUCUCUGUUUCUUUCGCUA